CGGGUUGGGGGCCUCCUUUGUGUUACCGUAGAACCCGUGAAGAAGGGAAUGGUUGGAAGGUUGACAAAUUAAAGCAUGUUUACCACCCAGGACACCAGUGUCUGACACUAGGGUCCUUCGUCUUCGAUGACCUUUUUUUUUUUUUUUUUUCUGCUACGGUUUUUAGCAAAUAACGCAUUCAUAUCUGUACCUUUUAAACUGGUACAGGUAGAGUAUUUCUGUUAAUUAUGUAUCUAUAUCUUCACCAAGACACCAGUUAAAGACCACACCAUGACUAUGCAUCAUUUGGCAAGGAGGCUGUGGCCAGGCUUUCUACAGACAAGCCAGAAGCUGACGACUGUUUCCUGGAGAUAUCAGAAGCCCCCAUUUUAUAGGGUCGCUACACAAAACAGUUUAUCGUACAACCAGGACAGAUCUCUAACGCUGUCUGCCAGACAAUGCAAGCAUAGCGACAACCCCGGUGGACGUCAUACUUGCCACACAGAAGACCAUGAUGAGGAUGAAGAUGGAGAUCUGAUUGAUGAAGCCGAGGUAGACGAGCUGUUCCAUCAACAGGUUCCCAAAGUCAUCGGAGACGGAGAACACAGGAUCUUCAUCGUUCACCCCGAUGUGAAAUGGGGAAGCAGAAAGCAGUAUCUAACAACGGCGGAGCUGAUGGUGGACGAGGCCGUUGGUCUGGUGAACACCUUGGAAAACUGGAGGGUCGUGGACAAGAUCAUCCUCUCCACUAAGACGCCAGAGAAAAGGACGAUUUUUGGCAAAGGGAACUUCCAGUUUCUCACAGAAAAGAUUAGGCAAACCCCAGGGAUCACUGCCGUGUUUGUGAACGUGGAGCGACUUUCUCCUUCAUCUGAGAAAGAGUUUGAGGACGCCUGGGGUGUGAAGGUCCUGGAUCGCUACUCGGUGGUCCUUCACAUAUUCCGCCGCAACGCGCGGACGCGUGAGGCGAAGCUACAGAUCUCUCUGGCGGAGAUCCCCCUGCUCAGAUCUCGCCUGAGAAACGAAAUAGCAAAUUUUGACCAGCAGGGCGGCGGUAACAGAUACAUCGGCGGCUCAGGCGAGACGCUGCUCGAGUUCCAACAGAGACAACUGAAAGAGCGGGAAACGAAGAUCCGCGUGGCCCUCGAGCAGCUUCGAAGGAAGAGAAACCUGCUGCGCUCCCAGAGGAAAGACAAAGACUUCCCAGUCGUCUCGGUGAUGGGAUACACCAACUGUGGAAAGACCACUCUGAUCAAAGCACUGACCGGGGACCGCGCCCUCCAGCCCAGGAACCAGCUGUUCGCCACGCUGGACGUGACGGUGCACGCCGGCCAGCUGCCCAGUCACAUGACCGUGCUCUACGUGGACACCAUCGGCUUCCUGUCCCAGCUGCCCCACCAGCUCAUCGAUUCUUUCUCGGCCACCCUGGAGGACGUCAAACACUCGGACCUCAUAGUGCACGUGCGAGACAUCAGCCACCCAGAGACGGUGAACCAGAAAGUGAACGUCCUCAACGUCCUGAAAAGCCUGCAGAUCCCAGACCGUCUGAUGAGCUCCAUGAUCGAGGUCCACAACAAGAUCGACCUGGUCAACGACUACCACCCCACAGAGCCUGAGACCGUGGCUGUGUCGGCGCUGACGGAGCAGGGUCUGGACCGGCUGAAGACGAUCCUGGAGGACGAGGUGGUCCGGUCCACCGGGAAGCUCAUCUUGAACCUCAAAGUAGACCUCAGCUCAGCCCAAUUAAGUUGGCUGUACAGGGAGGCCACCGUACAGGAAGUGACUGUGGACGCCGACGAAGGAUCGGCAGUCGUCAUGGUGAUAAUCGGCACGGCGGCAUACGGGCGCUACAGGAAGAUGUUCCCGGCCAGAUCCUAGAGGCAGCGCAAGGUCCCCCCUGCCACCGUACGUCACACGCCGUCUCGCGGAGACGACCGCUUCAGUCUUCUUCCAAAGGAGCACUGUACUCCCAAGUCUUAAAUAGUUGGGGUACACAAAGACAUUAUGGGGACACAGGGACACGUGGGUGUUAAUGAGCGGAUCCUCCUUUCGCCAAUAGGAAAAACGUCACAUCCCUCAAGAAUAUAGUUUUGUAAACAAUUUGAGCCAAACGUGAGCGAUGUCAGGAUAACGUCGCAAUCCUACAGCAGUGUUUUCCAAACGCUGCUUCCAUUUGAUUCCCCCUGGCUAUUUUCCCUUUCCGCUACGGAGAGAAAAAUACAUUUACGUUCAGCGUCAUCUCAUUUAUUUGUUUUUCUUAGAAAUAAACUAAAUUAUUUGGUACAAACAUUAUUGUUUAUAGUCAUUUAUUUAAUGCUGGCACAUGAAUACAGUUUAUUCAACUAUCAUUUAUACACAUCUUUCAUGUUAUAUGAACUUUUAAAUUACAUGUUACAAGUGGUUGAUAAACUGAAUAAAAUACAUCUAGUGUUAAAAACUUUAAAAUUACCAAAUUCUUAGGCCAUCAGGAGAGUAGUACUAUCUCUAUUAUAUGGAGACAAUUAUAUCAUGAUUAACUUCUUUCAUGAUAACCAUCCUCAUUUCAAUCGUCAUAUAUUUUACCCAUUAAACACUGUAGACCAAACCUUUGUUCAUUAAUGACAGGGUUUAAAGGCACCCAGUGCAACUUUAUGUAAACAUUCAAUGAAAAAUAAACAUUCAAUUUCUAGUCUUUUUUACACGUAGUAAGUUUCAAUAACUCCAUACCAUUACAUAUCGACAUUCAAGGAGCAAAGAUGAGACGUCGUUGUGUGGUGAGAACUGAUAGAAAAUCGUAAACAACAACAAUCGCCGGUGGGGAGAAGCCAUUUUUCCAUUGACUGGAAGCCUGCUUUAUUUAUUGUAGGUUACAAAAAAUAAAGAAAAUGGCGGCAUUGUUGUUGUUUUCGAUUUUCUAUCAGUUCUCACCACACAACGACGUCUCAUCUUUGCUGCUUGAAUGUCGGUAUGUAAUGGUAUGGAGUUAUUGAAACUUACUAUGUGUAAAAAAGACUAGAAAUUGAAUGUUUAUUUUUAAGCCUUGAAAGUUGCACUGGGUGCCUUUAAGGGAAGGGUUUUUGAAGUGGUUGAAAUACGGUAGACAAAGCAUUUGUUCUUUGACGACAGGCUUUAACAGAAAGGGUUUAAGGCUAUGGUUAAACCGUAUCGUUUAAGGAUAGGGUUUAAUGGCAGUUUUAGGGUAGAGUUUACGAGAGAAUAAGAUGGCACCAUCUACUUGGUGUGCAGGAGAAAUCUCUGGUUCAGAGCGAUCACCAGGGGACAGAAGGGGAUGGGCCCAACAAAGUCCCCUGCGAUGAUGUUGAGGCUCUGGUGGGAAUAGCCGGGGGUCUGCUUCUGAAGCCAGACGCUCAGCUGAUCCCAGUUCUCCUGGGACAGCGUCCACAGGGACUGGUCCCACUCCAGGACCAUGAAGCACAUGUUUGCCGUCAGGUUUAGCCCCGACACAAACAAGCCGUCUGUUAGGAUAUGCCGAGAGACACAAACGGUCCUUCUAUUAGAACCACACACACAAACAAGCCUUAUUUGACAACAAGACAUGAAACACACAGCUAUGAAACCCAAACAAAAACACAUUAAUGCAUUGUAUCACUUGCUGAACCUAACAGCAAACGACCAGGUAGGAACCUGAGCCAGGUAUAUUCUACACUCCCCUGGGCCAGGUAUAUUCUACACUCACCUGGGCCAGGUAUAUUCUACACUCAGCUGGGACCAGGUAUAUUCUACACUCACCUGGGCCAGGUACGAACCCGAGACUCACCUGGGCCAGGUAUAUUCUACACUCACCUUGGCCAGGUAUAUUCUACACGCACCUUGGCCAGGUAUAUUCUACACCCAGCUUGGACCAGGUAUAUUCUACACGCACCUUGGCCAGGUAUAUUCUACACUCACCUGGGCCAGGUAUAUUCUACACGCACCUUGGCCAGGUAUAUUCUACACUCACCUUGGCCAGGUAUAUUCUACACUCAGCUGGGACCAGGUAUGUACCGGAGACUCACCUGGGCGCCCCAUGGCUUUCCGCCUGUCAAGGUAGUUGAUGACGCCCUGAGCCGUCGGCUGAUUGGCCCACCAGUAGGGGAUGGCUGGCCAGAGCUCGGGAUAUCUGGCUGCUGAUUGGUCCUCGUAGGACAGCAGUACCUGCCAACGAUUGGACCACAGACUCCUCAAGGUUGGCACUGCUUCCUGUGCGGGCAAAACAGCAAUUGGCCAAUUCAUUGAUCACACACCAGUUGGCUUUUUAAAGAUACCAUGUCAGUUUAGAGACACUUAGAGUUUAAAUAUGACUGUAACCCACCAUCCUGGGACAGAGUUUGGAGCCAAACAAUUUCCUGAGGGACAGAAUGAAGGACUCAUGAACUUUGGCGCUCAUUCCCUCAAAAUGGCUGCAAGACAGGAUCACCACUUCCCUGGGAUGGGACUCCAACCAUGUGGCCACAGACGCCAGCGUCUCC